UUGUCUGAACUUGCUGCAGAGGGAAAACACUCCCUCCUACUUUAAGGAUGUCCGACGUUUCACGGCUUCAGUUACUUUAAUCUAACAAAGUAACUGUUAGAGAAACUGUUUUGGACAUUGUGUGGCUUUUAUUUUAGUUUUUAUUCUUUAUUUUUUUGUACUGCUUUUUUCUUUUAUUAAACCAGUUAGAUUCAAAUCUUUUAACAUUUGGAUCCAUAACAAACUCAUUAGGCAGCAGCAGCAGCAGUAUAUUACUUUUCUUUAUUCUUUAGUCUUUGUUAUCAACAUAAACAUCUACCGAUGGAAAAUAAAUCUGUGAUUCAUCACGCUGUGCUGAUGUUACUCUUCAUCACCUGGUGGGAAAACAUAUACUGCAACGGAUUGAAGGUGGAUCCUCCUGAGGACAUUGUGGUCGUAGACCCUGGUCAUCUUGGACAUCUUGAGAUCACAUGGAGCCCUCCAUCCAACCUGAUCAACAUGACCCAGUGCCAAAAACGCUAUCAGCUGGAGUAUUUCAACACAUAUCAGGACAGCUGGACUGCUAUCAGGACAACACAGAGGUCAUACAGCGCCCAGUUUGACCUGAUGAAAGACGUCAGAGUGAGGCUGUACACUGUGCUGAGUGGAGCCUGCACCAAUGGCACCACGGUCAAGAGUGAAAGCUACUCUGAACUGGUCCAAAAACCUCCCAGCACAGGUGUUGUGGGUACUGAGGUCAAGGACUUUAGCUGUGUGUUCUACAACAUGGAGAACAUGGAGUGCAAAUGGAAAAGAAACCCAAAGUUGUCAGCCGCCGCGCAGCAAAAUCUAUAUUUGUGGCACAAGAAACUGAAACGAGUGGAGGAAUGCCCAAAGUACAUCAUCUCACGUGGAAUCAGGAUCGGGUGCAACUUCUCAGGAAAAGCUCUCCCUGAAUUCACUGAUAUUAAUCUCUGCUUAAAUGGUUCCUCACCUCAUGGGUCUCUGAAGCCAACUUUCAUCUCCCUGCAAACCCAAAACCAAGUGAAACCCGGGACCACAGAGAGGCUGCAUCUGCAAACAGGUCCAAACGCACAGCUGCAAAUCCACUGGGAGCGUCCUGCUGGGAAUGUCCCCGCACACUGCCUCGAAUGGGAGGUGGAGCACGAUAAAGAGGAACCUGAUGGGAAAACAGAACUGAAGCAGAUUUUAACUAAGCAAACAAGCCUGAAUCUGCAGCUCGUGCAUGACUCGGAGAGAAACUGCGUCAGGGUCCGGUCCAAAGUGAACAAGUACUGUGCAGACAGCACCUUCUGGAGUGAAUGGAGUCGUGCGAUUUGCCAUCCAGAAAGAAAAGAACCUGCACUUGAACCUGAAUGGGACAAGGUACAAGUCUACAUAUGCAUUGCUUUUGCAACCUCUGCCAUAGUAUUGCUGUCUUUGUGUGUGGUGACAAUCCUCAAAACGAGGAGAUCCAGAGAUGAGAAGGGGCCGGACUCUCGCCACUUCUCCACACUUUGUUUGGGAUGAAUUCAGUUCCCACUGUGACGGACACUUGAACAGCCCACGUUGUUGUGUUGUUCAGUACCAACUAUUUUUGAUUGUUUACUUGUGCCUCACUCUUGCCAAUAACACUUUUACAUUCCAUAGAAAACAGUACACGUGGAUUGAACAUGUGAAAGAAUUGUUUUAUUGCACUUUGGAAGCCUGUAAGUGUUUUAUUAUCGUCAUUAUUUACUUACAAGGAGGUGGUUAUUUUCUUUGAAUGGUAAUUGAAGAAA